AGAAAAGGAAGGGGAGGGGGGGACACACCAAAGACUCUGCGUGGCAGUAUUUUUCAUCAACAAAACCCAGACCCAUCCGGGCUGUUGUCUGGAAGGAAAGGGGCGCAAGAUCGAAUUUCUCUCUGCAGAUCCUGCCCUCUCCAAGCUACGAGUUGGAGUUGUACCUGAAGUUGCUGAAUGCAAGCUAUUCUGAGUUCCUCCAAGCGUGGCGACGGCGGCGGCGGCUAGAUGUGCGUGGGUGCUUAACUCUUUCCCGGCUCUCUGGAUUUGUACCAUGCUCAAGAUCCUCACGAAGAAGCUCAGGAAUCAGAGUUUGAAUGAGAUCCAGCCCUUCCAGUUAAAGAUCUCCUAUCCCCCGAGUGAUGAGGAAGACAGUGAUGACUCUGAGGGAGAGAACCAGGAACUUGCUCAGAUUGACAAAGAGAGAAGACGGAAUUGCACCUUGACCCCCCUGGCAACCAAUCAGCUGCAGAACCAAGAAAACCAGUGCUGCAAAGUAAGAGCCCAUUUUCCUCCUGGGCUGGACCGCCACAGCUCUGAAGAGGAGCUGGAACGUAUUAGCUGCGAAUUUGCUGCCGAGAAGCGGAAGUGGUCCCAGAUCAACAGGCUCUCCUGCUGCGGUGACAGCUGCAAUACCUCCUCCAGCGAUGAGGAGGUGAAGAACUUGUGUGGUAUGUCGUUCCGGCCGGUGGCAGAAGCAGCGGAUGGCUUGCAUGCCACCCCUAGCCCAGUGCUUUUCAGUGCCUCCCCUCCCAAGAGACUCCAGCCCUUGGUACGGACCCCAACAUCCCGGCCUCUCAUCUUCACGAGCGUCGGAGCCAGCUAUGAGCAAGCGAUGCCUUGUAAGCGGCACCGGCAAGGUUAUGGAGACAAAGUCAGCCGGCCCAGCCUUGACCUGGAAAAAAUGCAGCAGAAGAUGCUGUUUAAGAAGAAUUGUGGCACGAAGACGAGAAUCAUCAAAAUUCGGCACAUCCAUGGGAGCCGACCACCACCUCACUUUGUGUAUGACCCCUCGGCCUUCGCAUUCCGAUCCCUGAGCACCUUGAAGCCUCUGAGCCCGAUAGCUCCAGUUGAAGAACCAUCAUGUGCCUACUGAAGGAGUUAACGCCAAACUCUCAGGAAUCCUCAUUCCAACCAACUUCCCAGCAGGGACUGGGUGUGGGAGGGCAUGUUUUUGUUUUUUUGUUUUGCAAUAACCACCAAGAUUGUUGGUAACAGGAGAUGGGUGGCUUUUCUCUUGCCUGUUUUUCAUGCCGUCAUAACUUCCGAAGAUUUGCAGAAAGGGAAUGUAUGUGCAUUGAGCAAGCGCAGCUCAUAAGCCAUAGUACAGUUAUCAAGAUGGUGUCUGAUAAUGCAGAAAGCUGUUUUUCUUACGAUUAAUAUUUGGCAUCUUGCCCUAAUGAAUGUGGUGGAAUGUGAAGAAUAAGCAGGGUUCUAUCAUUUCCCUCCCCAAAUCUAAUGGGAGUUGUUCUCUGUAGCCCAGUGGACCUUGCCAAUAAUUAGAAUACUCUCUGGUCUCAUCAACUAAAGGUCAAAGUGGAUCUGGCUUAGCUGCCCCUGGAGGGUGGACCAGAUCUUCUUUGUGCAACCACAUUACAAGGCUGGAACAAGAAGCACAUUGAGGUUGUGCAGCCCCAGGGUCACCUUGAGACAUGGCACAAACACACACUUCUAGAGUACGUCCCAAAGGAUUUUCUCAUCUGCAGAGUUCACUAACGUCACAUGUUCUAGAAUAUGCCAUGGAGCCCCAGGAUGUUUUCUGUCUGGGCAGAUGUUAGCCAGAAGGUACUCAGGAAAGAAGAUGGGGCGGGAAGAGGCACAAUUUCCUCUCACUUCGGCUACAAAAUCCCUUAUUGAGCCAUGCAGGCAUCACUUCCUUGGGCGCCGUCCCCAUCUGGCUGGGGAAUAUGUAUGAAAACCGUAAGUGCAUGGUUGGGUUCCCAACCAUGUGUUUGGCUCCAUCCAUGUGAUCACACCACUCACAUCCUGCAGCUGCAUGGGUUAGCACUGCAGGGGAUAGAAUAAUGUGUGCUUGGGUUGCCUUUGAUUUAUAUUCACUGCACUAGUUGAGAUAUAAUAGGCACUGGGAGCAAACGCCAGCUCUCAGCUGGCUGUUCAGUUGACUCUUUGUAGAUAUGAGUGAGGGAGAAAGAGGAAGACAACAUAUAUUUUACUAGCAGCAUCUUUAUGGGGGCCGGAAUGCUGCUUUAACACGACUGCAGCCCCCUCUGCUCCACAUUGAUGAUCUUUCUUCUUGCUUGUCUGCAUUGACGUAAGAGGGGCCAGUUUUUGGUGCUGUUAAAUGGCCCAGAUUUCACAACAGGGAUGGGAACCUAGGAUUCUCCAGGUGAUGUUGGACUGCCAUCAGUCCCAGCCAGCAUGGCUAAUGGUUAGGGAUUAUGGGAGUUGUAGUCCAGCCAAAUCUGGAGGGCCACAGAAUUUGCUGCCUCUGUUUACAGGGUCCCCUGCAAACCAGAUGAAAUCUACAGUGUCUCUUGGGCCUACACUGUUUUCUCUAGUUAUGUGAUUUCAAAGAUGUGUAUUCAGACAUCUGUCUUAUUAGCGUACUGUAAUAAUAUGGUGUACAAUCGAGCAACAGUUUCUGAUGUGUAAUCACCAUUUUUAAUUUUGAAAAAAAUGUAUGCAAAACAAUAUUUGGGAAAUGUGAGUCUGCCAUAGCAUGAACAACUUCUCUGAAACUUGGGGAGGAAUUAAGUGUCGUGCUGUUCUGAUCAUUCCAUCAGCGCAAACUUUUCUGCUUGCCAGACAAAAUUACCCCCUUCAACCCACACACUGUUCUAGGAGGUUCUCCUCCUGACCCCCCAGAGCAGAUUUGGAGGAGGGGGGGAGAGAAGCCCCAUUGCACUAGCAGGAGCCUUUGCACUAGCUUCUGCUAGCAUGCUGGGUUAAUUGAACCUGGGCCAUAGAUCUUAAUCUUGGCCAUAGAACAUUCCGUAUAGAAAAAGCCAACCUCAGUUGCUCAUGUUCCCUUUGGAAUCUCAAGUCCAGAAUCUUUCCAAGCUGCGAGUAUGAGUUGACUCUGAUGCCUUAAGUCCUCCCUGCACAUAGGUGGCAGUGGAUGGAAUGUUUGUGAUAACGGAGUCAAUGCUUUGGGUUGUUUUUUUUACUGCCCCAUCCCAUGAAAGAAAAAUUCGGUGGUGCGCACAGACUUCUUUUCACCAGCAUCAAUGAAAUAAAAAGCAGGCUGCUUUCUGUCCGCUGGCUUGCUCUCAUAAGAACAAAAUCAACAAGGAAUGAAAUAAGGCAGGUCUUUUUUUGAAACAUUUCCAGUUAAAAGAGCGGAAAUUUGCUUCCUUGUCUUUUAUUGCUAUAUUUGCAGGCUCUAUGGUCAACAAUGCAUGAUGGGAUUUGUAAUCUUUAUGGGCUUUAGCCUCCCUAUAUGACAAGGGCAAAUGUAACCUAGUUUGCCGUUUCUGCGAGUUAGGUUUGGCCUACAAACAGCCAGCAUGAAUCGUGGUCAGGAAAGGUUUGGGGUGCUACUUCCCCUGCCUAGAGCCAACUGCUUGUCCCACAGACACUACAGAGUGCUCCCCCCCCCCCUUGCUAAACAGGACGACUAUUUCUGAUUGGCCCCGAAUAUGCCGUCUCAGAUGAUGCUCCAAGAUGAAGGAAUGGAGGGGAGACGAACCUCUGUUAAUGUUGCCUUUCUUUAGUACUUUUGUAACAUUUCUCUCUCUGUGGUUUUUCAAUCAAAACAAUAAAGUUACAUUUUAACUGCUGCUA